UUUAUCGAGGUAGAUUCGAAGCACGAGGUAAACAAAUCACAUCUCGUUAAGAAGCGGCCAAUGAAGCUCAUUGCCGAGGCUUGAGUCUAAUUCUACCAAUUUCUGCGUUAAAUCACUACAAGUUUCAAUUUCAAAAGCGGCAUUCAAUAUAUAACCAUGACUGAAGAAGUUAACCCGAAGGCCUACCCGCUGGCGGAUCAGGCGCUAACUUCCAAAAUUAUGACCCUUCUUCAGCAGGCUGUGAACUAUAAACAACUGCGCCGUGGAGCCAACGAGGCUACAAAAACUUUGAACCGUGGACUCUCCGAGUUUAUCGUGAUGGCAGCUGACGCCGAGCCGCUGGAAAUCAUCCUGCACCUGCCGCUGCUCUGCGAGGACAAAAACGUGCCGUACGUCUUCGUCCGUUCCAAGCAAGCACUUGGCCGGGCUUGUGGAGUUUCCCGGGCGAUUGUGGCUUGCUCAGUGACCAUCAACGAAGGUUCUCAGCUCAAGUCACAGAUAGUCACCAUCCAGCAGGAAAUUGAACGCUUACUGGUUUGAUUGUUUCAUCAGUACAAAAAAAAGCAUUUAUCGAAACAGAUUGAUAGUGUUUUUGUAUCAUUAGGGAAAUAAAUUAAAAUUACGUUUCAUUUCGACUGA